CCUAACCCCCCCUCGUCCUCCACCUCAACCCCUGGUGUCCCCUCCAUUAGAUACUCAGCUCAUCCAUUCUUUCUCUGGACUCUGGAAGACGCAGUGACUAUCGGCCAGCUGCCAUGAAGACUGCCCUGGCCCUGCUGCUGCUCAUCUCUCUGGCCUGCCACAGUGCUCUCUCCUGUUCUGUCUGCAAAGGCCACACCCUCAAAUGUCACACAUGCGUGGCGUCCAAUGAUGACGACUGCAAUCGACAGGGCUCCACCUCCUGCCCUCAGUACGCUGACGCCUGCUCCACCAUCACAGGACCCAGCACCGUGAUGAAGUCGUGCACGUACAAGGCUUUCUGCGACAAGGCUCAUGGCGUCAGUUCCGGAGCCAAGAUGGACUGCUGUUUUGGUGACGACUGUAAUGGGCCCCACCGGAGCCACAGUCACGGGGAUCACCAUCGCAACAGCGCAGGGGCUGUGGCCUCCAGCCCUGCCCUGCUGAUCACGGCCCUGCUGCUGCGUGUGGCUGUCAGUCAGCUGUAAACACCUCCACUUUUCUUUCCUCCAGGGAUUCAUUCAUUGUCAUUUGCUGGGUUGUCAUCCAUCCACCUUCUCCUCUUUGUCAUUCUGUACCCCUCAGAGAUUUUCAAUCCAAGUUUACAAAAAGGAUUUGAGUGCCAGAGAUUUUCCUGUGGUUUAAAACAAAAAAAAAAUUUGGUUUCUGAUGUUGGUGAAGUGAAGGUUGUCUGUCCCAUAAGUACAAGCUUCAGCACUUUAA